GACGCGGCCCCAACACCCCCCCCUUUCUCUCCCCACCCCCCCGCGCCCCUUAGCAGCGGCCAUGGACCCGGCGGAUCCGGCCUGCCCUGGCCCGGCUCGACACCUAAUUUCAGCAAGGUGACCAUUCUGGCUGCAAAAGUGAGAGUACCAGCCUGGUGAGAAGGCAGACAGCCCGCCUGGACUUUUCUCACUUGCUCCAGGACCUGAUGUCAGAGACCAUGGACCAGCCGGCUGGGGGACCUGGAAACCCAAGGCCAGGAGAUGGUGGUGAUGGCAGCAUGGAGCCAGGCACCUGCCAGGAGCUUCUGCACCGACUGCGGGAGCUGGAGGCAGAGAACUCAGCCCUUGCCCAGGCCAACGAGAAUCAGCGAGAAACUUAUGAGCGCUGUCUGGACGAGGUCGCCAACCAUGUGGUGCAGGCACUGCUGAACCAGAAGGACCUCCGGGAGGAGUGCAUCAAGCUGAAGAAGAGGGUGUUUGACCUGGAGCGGCAGAACCAGAUGCUGAGCACUCUGUUUCAGCAGAAACUCCAGCUCACAGCAGGCUCCCUCCCUCAGAUCCCGCUCACCCCACUCCAGCCACCAUCAGAGCCACCAGCCUCCCCCUCCCUGAACUCCACCGAGGGACCAGUCAUCUCACAGCCUGUGGGGCACUGUACUGGGCAGAGAGAGGUGUGUUGGGAACAGCAGCUGCGGCCAGGAGGCCCAGGACCCCCAUCCGCCCCACUCCCAGCGCUGGAUGCCCUAUCACCAUUCCUUCGGAAGAAAGCCCAGAUUCUGGAGGUGCUGAGAGCCCUGGAAGAGACUGACCCCUUACUUCUGUGCUCACCGGCCACCCCCUGGCACCCUCCAGGCGAGGCUCCUGGCUCCCCAGAGCCCAUCAAUGGCGAGCUGUGUGGCCCACCCCGGCCUGAACCCUCACCCUGGGCCCCCUACCUGCUGCUAGGCCCCAGCAGCCUGGGAGGUCUGCUACACUGGGAGCAUCUCCUGGGGGGCCCAGGAGAGGAAGAGGGUACUGGACGGCCCUGGGGCCCUAGUAGGAGGCCCCCCCAGACCCAGGGCACCAGUUCUGGCCCACACUGUGCCCCAGGCAGCAGCUCCUCUUCCUCUUCAGACGAGGCAGGCGACCCUAAUGAAGCCCCCAGCCCUGACACCCUACUCAGUGCCCUGGCCCACAAACAGUUGAACCUAGGUCAGCUUCUUGAGGACACAGAGUCUUAUCUACAGGCCUUCCUGGCGGGGGCUACAGGCCCACUCAGCGGGGACCACCUAGGCCCCAGGCAGCCAUCCUCCCCAGAUCAGGGACCUCCCCAGCUGUCCAAGUCCAAAGGCCUCCCCAAGUCAGCUUGGGGUGGGGGUGCCCCAGAGGCCCACAGGCCAGGCUUUGGUGCUACCUCAGAAGGCCAGGGACCUCUCCCCUUUCUCAGCAUGUUCAUAGGUGCAGGCGAUGCCCCCCUGGGCUCACAGCCUGGCCACCCCCACUCUUCAUCUCAGGUGAAAAGCAAGCUCCAAAUUGGCCCCCCUUCUCCUGGAGACGCCCAGGGGCCCCUUCUCCCCUCUCCAGCCAGAGGUCUCAAGUUCCUAAAGCUGCCUGCAGCCUCUGAGAAGGUCCCUAGCCCAGGAGGCCCCCAACUUAGCCCCCAACUCCCCCGGAACUCCCGAAUCCCCUGUCGGAAUGGUGGCUCAGAUGGGAGCCCAUCCCCACUGCUGGCCCGCCGGGGCCUAGGGGGAGGAGAGCUGUCCCCUGAAGGGGCACAGGGCCUGCCUGCUAGUCCUUCACCCUGCUCCUCGACCCCAGACUCUGCACAGCUCAGACCCCCCCAGCCAGCUUUGUCCACCACGCUGUCCCCAGGGCCAGUAAUGUCUCCCUGUUAUGAGAACAUCCUUGACCUUUCCCGGAGUACCUUCAGGGGCCCUUCCCCGGAGCCCCCUCCCUCCCCACUGCAGGUGCCCACCUACCCACAACUGACUCUGGAGGUGCCACGGGCCGUUGCGGUCCUUAGAAGCCCUGGCGUCUCCCCCAGCCCUUGCCUCCCAGAAUCCUGCCCCUAUGGGAGCCCCCAGGAGAAAAGUUUGGACAAGGUGGGCUCGGAGUCCCCCUAUCCCGGCCGCAGGACUCCAGGCAACUCAUCUAAGAAAUCUGGCCAGGGGGCAGGGCGACGACCUGGAGAUCCUGGCUACACACCCCUUCGGGACAGACUGGCAGCCCUAGGGAAACUGAAGACAGGCCCUGAAGGACCUGUAGGCACAGAGAAGAAUGGCGUGCCAGCCAGGCCUGGCACCGAGAAGGCCCGGGGACCAGGGAAGUCAGGGGAGAGCACUGGAGAUACGGCACCUCCCUCCUCCAGGCCCCUUGAGCAUCCAGAAACUAAAGGGGCACUUCGAGGUAUAGUGGCCUUAGGCACAAGCAGCCUGAAGCAGCAGGAACCCGGGCUCCUGGGAGACCCUGGGGCCCGAGUCUACUCCUCUCACUCCAUGGGGGCCCGAGUGGACCUGGAGCCCAUUUCACCAAGGAGCUGCCUCACCAAAGUAGAGCUGGCCAAGAGCCGCCUGGCAGGGGCCCUGUGCCCCCAGGUACCCCGUACCCCUGCCAAAGUGCCAACCUCAGCCCCUAGCCUGGGCAAGCCCAAUAAGAGCCCCCAUGGCAGCCCUACAAAGCUGCCCUCCAAGUCACCCACCAAGGUGGUGCCCCGGCCUGGAGUCCCCCCAGCCAACAAGGAGCCCCCCAAGCCUGACAAGGGAAAGGGCCCACCAUGGGUAGACUCUGGUAACACCAUAGUCCAGCCCUUACCCCCAGCAACUGGCCCCACUGACCCAAGCCAGGGCCCUGAAGGCCCAGCCCCACACUCUGCCAUCGAGGAGAAGGUGAUGAAGGGCAUUGAGGAGAACGUGCUGCGGCUCCAGGGCCAGGAGCGGGCGCCAGGCACCGAGGUCAAGCACCGCAACACCAGCAGCAUUGCCAGCUGGUUCGGCCUUAAGAAAAGCAAGCUGCCGGCACUGAACCGCCGCACAGAGGCCACCAAGAGCAAGGAAGGGGCCAGCGGGGGCUCCCCGCUCCGGAAAGAGGUCAAGAUGGAAGCCCGGAAGCUGGAGGCCGAGAGCCUCAACAUCUCCAAACUGAUGGCUAAGGCCGAAGACCUGCGCCGUGCCCUGGAGGAGGAGAAGGCCUACCUGAGCAGCAGGGCCCGGCCACGGCCUGGGGGACCAGCCCCAGGGCCGCAGGUGCAGGGCCAGCUAGCUGGCAUGUACCAAGGUGCAGACACCUUCAUGCAGCAGCUGCUAAACAGGGUGGAUGGCAAGGAGCUGCCAUCCAAAAGCUGGCGGGAGCCCAAGCCUGAGUAUGAAGACUUCCAGCCAGUGUCCUCUGACUCCAAGAACCCCUGGCCAGCCUGUGGGCCCCGAAAUGGCCUGGUGGGCCCUCUUCAGGGUUGUGGAAAACCUCCUGGGAAGCCAAGCAGUGAGCCAGGGAGGCGGGAAGAAAUCCCUUCAGAGGACAGCCUGGCCGAGCCAGUGCCCACCUCACACUUCACAGCCUGUGGCUCUUUGACUCGAACUCUGGACAGUGGCAUUGGGACCUUCCCACCCCCAGACCAUGGCAGCAGUGGGACCCCCAGCAAGAAUCUACCCAAGACCAAGCCACCACGGUUGGAGCCCCCACCUGGGGCACCCCCAGCUCGGCCCCCACCCCUUACCAAAGUCCCCCGCCGUGCCCACACGCUGGAGCGUGAGGUGCCAGAUGUGGAGGAGCUGCUGGUGAGCGGGCGGCACCCCAGCAUGCCGGCCUUCCCAGCACUGCUCACCACAACUCCCAGCCACCGGGGUCAUAAGACCUGCCCUGAUGAUCCCUGUGAAGACCCAGGCCCUCCCCCUCCUGUCCAGCUGGCCAAGAACUGGACUUUCCCCAACGCGAGGGCAGCUGGCAGCACCUCUGACCCUUUCCUCUGCCCGCCCCGACAACUGGAGGGGUUGCCUAGGACCCCCAUGGCCCUGCCUGUGGAUGGGAAUGCGAGCCUGGAGCCCAGUCGCCCAUCCCCUACGCCCCCAGGCCCAGCAUUUGGGGGUAGCCGCACCCCCAGCACAUCGGACAUGGGUGAGGACGGCAGAGUGGCCAGCGGGGGAGCCCCAGGACUGGAGACCUCAGAGUCCCUCAGUGACUCGCUCUAUGACUCACUCUCCUCCUGUGGGAGUCAGGGCUGAGGCCUGUGCCACACAACAGUCCCUCGCUAGAGCUGGGGACCACAGACUGGACUGGCUCCACUCAGGCCCUACCCUCUUCGGGUCAGUGGGGUUCCUCCCUGAAGGAUCAAGGAGACAGGUGAAUAAGGAGGUGAAGGGGGUCACUGGCACACUCCACCACCCACCGCUGCUGUGGAUGAGAUAACCGUUCUCAGCUCAGGGAGAGCUCCCACCCUUGGUCCCUUCUCUCACCCAGAGUAAGGCUCUUCCUCAGAGAGGUUGGAGGCCCAGGGCCACUGCACCCUGCCUCCAGCUUCUACUCUAGGCUGAGCCAUCUUGUGGUGCUGGGCUUUUUUGCCCGCCAGCCGUGCCAUCUCCACCCAACCUGGCUGAUUCCCUGCCCGAAGCCCCUGCGGGCUAGGCCAAGGCCCCUGUGCUGGUGGAGUUUGGGGCUGAGGGGGACAAGUUGCCUUCUCUCUCUGUCCGCCCUGGUCCUCCCUGCUGUCUGGAUGGUGCUGCCCUCCCCUGCCCCACAUCUUUGGGGUUCAUUUGUCUAUAUUUUGGGGUUUUUUUAUAUAUAUAUAUAUAUUAAAAUGCCUGGCCCAGUCCUCACUUCCCAACCCCAAACUGCGGUUAAUUUAUCUGUUGUUAAAAAUGCAGCUGCUCUGCUUCCAGCCUCUGCUCCUGCCGUAUCCCUAAUAAAAUGUGGAGGCCUCUCCCUG